AUGAGCGCAGCGAAUCGUGGCGCGCUCCUGUCGGGAGGCUGGACCAGAGGAGGCACCUCCGAAGUGGUACGAAGAGCCCAUCCAGCCUCAGGGGCGCAAUGGAACGUCCAGGUGGUGCGAGGCAAAGUGAACGGGAAAUGCUUGUGGAACGCUUGCAAAGCAUUGAGCCUGGGCCUGCUGCUGAUGCUUCUGGGCGCCGCAAUGGCCACAAUCGGCUAUUACGCGGACCAACUAUCAGUGGCUCAGGAAAUCCGCGGCAAUCACACAGUGGCGGUGAAAAACGAGUCCAGAGGCUUCCACCUGAACAAUCUCUCCUAUGCUGGCCCCAUUGUGAUGGGAGUUGGAGGUUUCAUUGUGGUGGCAGCGUGCGUGAUGACUUUCGAGGCUCGGGACUCCGCAGCCAAAGUGGUGCCCGCUCGGCUGAAACUCAGCACAACUGGACCGCCUAGUGGAACCUGUGCUCAUAACGCGGCUGUUCGGAAUGGGCAUGGUUCGCUUCGUACUGCCGGCUCUCAAACUGCCGCUAAUGUGACCACCUCGACGCACUACGGGAACCACCAUGGAGAGCACCAUCGGCACCACAUGCACACCGCUGACAGGCACAGCCUGACCCAGUCGUUCGUGCAAUUCUCGCGCGGCCUGGCCCUAGACUCGAAGAACAUCAGCGUGCACAAGAACUUCCAAGGCGCGUCUCCCAGUGGCACCAGGAGCAGUUCCCUGAAAGUUCCGCAGAGCUCAAUAAAUCGCAGUCCAUCCGCUCCGGACUUAGUCCUGCAGCCUGCCAGCAGCAGCAAAGAGGCUUCGCCAACAUCCAGUAGCCAUCCGGUGGCUCACAAGUCUCCAAUCGCCGGGCGCCAGUCUAGGCGAACCUUUGCGGCGUGCGCCUUGCUCAAUCCGGGCCUUUUGCACCGGCAAGCCUUGAGCGUUGACGAAACUGGGGGCAACUACAGAAGCAAUGAAUCGUUGCAACACGGCACCGGAUCGCAAGGCUCCAUGGCAAUGGACUUGCACUUGGAGGCAGUGACGCUGAAGAUCCGGGACAAGCGCCGGAACCCGCUGAAGAGGCAGCGGAAGAUUGAGGAGGAUGAGCACAAGCACGAUGGUUCAGGGUCUAGGCGCAAUUCGCAUUCCUGCUCCCCAAGGCUGUCCGGGCAACAUUUACGGGAGAGUGCCGCUGGGGGCUCGGCCCAGUAUCUGGCUUCACAUGGCCAGCACUCGUGUCCGCGCUCAAACCGGCGCAGCUCCAACUCGUCGGACUGCUCCUAUAGAACUAGAAGCAGAAGGCGGGAAUCCAACAGCUGCCACCAUGCAAGGGGGCACCUGGAACGUACCAUAAGCUCAGAUUCUAGACUAACGGGAGCCAUUCCCAAAUGCUACCACUCCCACGAGCCUUCCAGGAACAAUUCAACUGAGCACGAAUCGCACGACCAGAGAGGCACUUCGACGUCGGAAACCGACAUCAGAAGAUCGCACCAGGUAAUGGUGCAUUUUUCGCCCAACACCGAAGGCUAAACGUUACUGAAUCCGCACUGAAGAAUGUGAUGCAAUAAAAGCGCGUCCCGACAAUGAAAAUGGGUGGGUCCGGUAGUGUCAAGGGACCAAUUUUAGGUAGUUUCUGGGUGCCCUUCGUAUUUAAUUAAAUAUCUCUCUUGACAUUCAGGUGCACCCAAACAAAAUAUAUCAAUCUCGAUAGGCGUUUUUCAACAAUGAGUCUUUCUCCGAAGCAAUCUGUUUGGUGUCGUCCUUUCACUGGCAAUUGAACGUGAAGAAACUGAGAUCCGCAAAUCAUACAGGGUAUUUUUUCCAAUUUACCUACUUCCAUUGAAUGUAGAUCGUUGAGCGACUGAACACUAGAAACAACUCAAUUUCUUCAUUUUCAACUAUGCUCAUAUACAUCCCUCAAACAAUCAUUUAUAUACCUACAUACAUCAUAUAGUGGAAUUGGGUCCUAAACCUUGCCAAGAUCCCGCACGUCGACGCGGCUACAAAAAGGAGUUUUACAUAAAUUUAUGGUUGUAUGUUAAAACAUCAUUAUAUUUCUAUAGAUCGAAUUUUACAUGUUUUAGAAAAUGUUAUCCUAUAUUAGGUUUCUAAAAAACACCGAGAAAUGUAUUUAAUGUACCGUAAAUAAAUUAUUCAUCGUG